AACACUUGUGAACUCGAGUCUCGAGACGCUCCUCACUGCAGCUCGCCGCUCGCGCUCCGCGGUUCUCUCAUUGAUCUACCCGCGGCAACAUGAGGAGACUCCACCGCCUUCCGUUUGAUUCUGGGGCGCAUUUUCAAUGAAGACGACACGGGUUUAUAUGUAUUAGAAUAAUAUUAAUAAUUACAGACGCAGAGGAGGAGGAUUGUUGGAGGCUCUCAAGUGAAGCCUUUGCCCCCCGGGAUCCAGACCCUCUUGCCCGCCAGUGAGGCCGGGUGCUGCAGGCAGGAUGCUCGGCAGCGAGGCCGAGAGCAGCAGCUUCCACCCCCCCAAAGACGUGGCGGAGGACAGGGACAAAUCCCCCGCCUCCGACGACCCCUCCACCGCUCGGUACGCGGAGCACGGACUCCACACAGACAGAUAUUUCCUAACACCCCCGUCCUCCACAACGGCUAAACUAUGCGCAGAGGAGGCCGCGAACCCCUGCUCCUUCCUCCCCUACACCGGCCAGGCGGGCCCGGUGCCCCCCUAUCCCCCGGGCUCCGGGGCUUCCAGGUACUCCUCAUCGCUCCACUUCGGCUCCGUCCUGCAGUCCCCUGCGGGGUUCCCCCCGGCCGUGUGCUCCCCGGGGGCGCGCUCCCAGUUCAGCCCUUCGUACCAGUUCGGACAGAGUCCCAACUGUAUCUAUCCCCCGUAUGGCGGACCGGGAGCGCGCCUCAGCCCGAUGCCGCUCCACCCCGGGGGGCAUGGGGCCCGGGCCCAGGUCUACCUCUGCAACCGGCCCCUGUGGCUCAAGUUCCACCGGCACCAGACCGAGAUGAUCAUCACGAAGCAGGGCAGAAGGAUGUUCCCGUUCCUGAGCUUCAACAUGGCGGGUCUGAACCUGACAAGGCACUACAACGUGUUCGUGGAGGUCGUGCUGGCGGACCCCAACCACUGGCGCUUCCAGGGCGGGAAGUGGGUCACCUGCGGGAAGGCGGACAACAACAUGCAGGGUAAUAAGGUGUACAUCCACCCGGAGUCUCCGAACACAGGGGCCCACUGGAUGAGGCAGGAGAUCUCGUUUGGGAAACUUAAGGUCACCAACAACAAAGGAAUCAAUACCAGCACCUCACAGAUGAUCGUGCUGCAGUCUCUGCACAAGUACCAGCCCCGGCUACACAUCGUGGAGGUGUCUGAGGACGGAGCGGAGGACCCCAACAGCAGCCAGAAGACCCAGACCUUCACCUUCCCGGAGAACCAGUUCAUAGCCGUCACUGCCUACCAAAACACAGACAUUACGCAGCUAAAAAUCGACCACAACCCCUUUGCCAAAGGAUUCAGGGAUAACUACGAUUCGAUGUACACGGCCCCCGACGGCGAUCGCCUGACUCCCUCCCCCAGCGACUCCCCGUGCUCGCACCAGAUCGUUCCGGGGGCCCGCUACGCCAUGCAGCCCUUCUUCCAGGACCAGUUCGUCAACAACCUGCCCCCCAACCGUUUCUACGGCGCCGCCGGCGGCGGCGGUUGCCACGGCGGCGGCGAGCGCGCCGUCCCCCAGACCAACGGCUUCCUGUCGGCCUCCCCGCCCGACGACCCCGCCUCCCAGCGCUGGUUCGUGGCCUCCAUGCAGCAGGGGGCCCCCAACGGAGGGGCGGCCCCCAACAAGCUGGAGCUGACCCCCUACGAGGGUGAGUACCCGGGGCCCCUGCUACCCUACGGCCUCAAGUCCCUCUCCAUGCAGACCUCGGCCCACGCCCUGGGCUACUACCCGGACUCCCCCUUCAGCAGCGUGGGGGCCGGGGGCUGGGGCGCCGGCCGGGCGCCCUACCACCAGAGGAAAGGGCCGACCCCCGGCCUGCCCUGGUCUCCCAGGCCCAGCCCCACGGCCGCCGCGGGCUUCCCGGAGGACCUGGAGGGGAAGGACAAGCCCCUGGCCAGGGAGGGCGCCGACGAGAGCGGGAGCGGGAGCGGGGGCAGCGGGGGGCUGAUCUCAGCAUGGACAGACACGCCCACCCCGGGGCUGGCCCCGGACAAGCCCGACGGGGGGUCGUACGCGGCGGGCUGCAAGCGCCGGCGUCUGUCCCUGGAGGGGUCGAGCGCCGAGGGACACUCGCCCACAGAGGUCAAGUGUGAGGACUUGGGCCCCGCCACGACCGUCCACAGUGGGCCCUACAGCAAGGACGGGCCCCCAAGAGCCCUGCCGGCGUACUAUUCCUUUUACACAAGCCCCUGAUGGUCCGCACAAAAAAAAGAAGUUGUUUUAAAAAAAAAAAAUCAUGAUUUUUUCAUUAAUUUUUAUGAUUUUUUUGAAUUUUCAUGAAUUGUACGAUUUUUUGUGAUGAUAUGGAAGGAUAAUUAGAAUGUGAUUUGAAAGAAAACAGAGUUACGAUGUGUGGUGUCGCAAGGUAUCUCAGAGAACUACAGACAACAAUACUUUACAUGUAAAGAUCAAAAUGACUCUAUCACUAUAUAUUUUUGGUCUGUAUUUGCAUAUUUAAACAUUGAAAGACAAAUUGCUUAUUUCCUCUGCUGCUGUGCUAUAUAUUUUUUCCUCUUAUGUACAGUAAAAUAUUUGUGAUACGGUAUUUAUCUUGAAGCUUCUUUGUAUUACAUUUGGCAUCCUGUGAUGUUUGUAAAUAGCUGCAUUUAAAUGUUCAGAGAUUUGUUAAUA